GGCUAUAAUCCAAUAAUAUUAAUCUUUGCUAUCGUUACUUUUUGCCCGAGCAACGUCGGGCUCAUCUGCUAAUAGAGUAUAUAUUUUUAGUUUACCGUCAUAUUUUAUUUUCCGGGAAUCCAUCUAGAGAGCUCAAUAGUAGAACCCAUAAUUUUAAAAAUAAUGAUAAUUUACAAAAUAUGAUUUAUAGGCUAUAUGAACUACGUGAUAACAAUAUAUAAACGGGUGUAGCAAUUUCUGAGAAGCAUGUAGUAAUGUGUAGCAAUAUAAGUACCGGUUAUGUAACCAUUAAUAUUUUCUUUUUACCUGGUCACACUCCCCUGUUCUUUGCCGUGUGAUAGAUUUCUUUGUUGAUUACGUCAUUCCUAUAUACAUACGUCAUUAGGAGAGGAGAUGAACAGAGCUAAAAUGUUUGGAUAUGCUGCCAAGUCUUUCAAAAAUAGUUAUAAAAGAUUUUUGCCAUUUCAAAGUAACUCAAGAAAAUGGCAAUUUUCAGCACUUGUUCACUUUUCAACUGAUUCAUCUUCUGAUGUGAAGUCUAAAUUGCAAAAUGAGAAAGGAGAGAUAGUUAGUAAAUCUCCAAAGACAGGCAUUUUGUUAUUAAACAUGGGUGGACCAGGCUCUUUGAAUGAGGUACAAGAUUUUCUAGAAAGAUUGUUCACUGAUGAAGAUAUUAUGUCAUUACCAAUGCAAAA